UGGGGCUUCUUCAUCUACAUAAAGACUGGCUGUGUAUACACUUUGAGUGUGGCCCUUAAAUCCUUUUUAUAUUAUUUAAGUUUAUAUAGGAAGAUGAAGAGGGCUUCCUUGAGAUUUGUUUGGUUUCUUCAACUAAUCUCUUCCAUUAUUUGUGCACUGGAUCGCAGCCAAUUCCCACCAUCUUUUCUUUUUGGAGCUGCAACCUCUUCUUAUCAGAUUGAGGGUGCCUACUUAGUUGGUAACAAAAGCCUCAACAAUUGGGAUGUGUUCACACAUAUACCUGGUCAAAUCGAGGGCGAAGGCACUGGAGAUGUGACAGAUAAUCACUACUACCUUUACAUGCCAAUAAGAGAUCAUACGGAGAAGUUGGAUGAUGAAGUAAAGCGCCUGUGGGGGGAUCUUCAUAUGGCCAAGGGCCAGUUAGAGAAUGAAAAGAGAAAGGCCCGAUCUGAGGAGAAGAGGGUGAAAGACCAUGAGGAGAGGGCUGGUGAGUUGGAGCGCGAGGUUGCUAAGCAGCUUAGGAUCAACAGUGGCCUUGUCAAAGAGAAAGACACACUCCAAAGUGAGCUGGUCGAAGCUCAGGAGGCCAGUAAAAAGAGAGAAGUUGAACACUCAGUUCGGAUUUUUGAGCUGGAGAAGAAGCAUCAAUCCAAGCUGGCUUCGAACGAUGAGGCUGCUACUGAGUGGUGGCUGAACUCUGAAGUUGGUCAGAAAUGGCUAGUUGACGUCAAUGUCGCCUCAUUUCAGUCUGGCUUAGAAACGCCAUCCAGUUCGUCCUUGGCAAGAUGCUUGAUUACGAUUUCUCUGAGUAUGAGCAGCGCGCUCCUGCCCCAGCUCCCUCUAUACAGCUCGUUGGUCAGGCUGAGGUCGGUGAGGAGGUGACCCAAGCCGAACCUACAGCUACCAAGUGAUGCAACUAGUUCCUUCCUAAUCCAGCCCCCCAGCCUCUUCAGUACUGAUGUUGUGCUUCUCCUUUUUGUCUUGUUUCUUUUUUUUUUUCUUUUCAUUGUGGGAUAUGCUAGUCAAGAGUGCGAAAGGCACUACUCAUGUGCUAGAUCUGAAGGAGGCUUUCGAUGUCCUACGGAAGAAUCAGAUGAGACUAAAUCCAACCAAGUGUGCAUUUGGAGUAACCUCUAGGAAAUUCUUGGGUUUUCUAGUGUUGCAAAGGGGGAUAGAGGCAAACCCCUCAAAAAUUGAGGCCAUUCAUGAGAUGCGUUCACCAAGAAACAUUCACGAAGUGCAGAAACUGACAGGGUGUCUAGGCGCACUUAACAGGUUCUUGUCCCGAGCUGGGGAUAGGUGCCUUUCAUUCUUUAAGCUACUAAAAUGAGGAAAAGGCCAACAACAAUUUCGCUGGACAGAGGAAUGUGAAGCAGCUUUCGAUGAAAUCAAGGCCUACCUAACCCGACCCCCUCUGCUGAGCCGGCUAGAGCCCAGAGAGGAGCUACAACUUUACCUCGCUACCUCUGCGGUAGCCAUUAUUGCAGUCCUCAUAAGAGAAGAGGCAAAGACCCAGAGGCCCAUCUACUAUGUGAGUCAUGCACUCUUGGAAGCAGAGACAAGAUAACAGAAGAUUGAGAAGCUUGCACUGGCGCUGGUCAUGAUAGCCAGGAAGUUGAGGCCCUACUUCCAAGCACACGCCAUUGUUGUACUAACUGAUCAAUCGCUAAGAAAGUCACUUCACAGCCCCAGUGUAAUGGGAUGUAUGGUAAGUUAGGCUAUCGAGUUAAGUGAGCACAAUAUUGAAUUCCAACCAAGAAGCGCAAUCAAGGGCCAGGCGCUGGCUAACUUCUUUUUUAGAAUGUACACAUACCGAAGAAGCGGCAGAACCUGAGGCCGAGCUGAACAGAAAGUGGGAGCUCUUUGUUAAUGGAUUCAGCACCACAGCGAGGAGCGGCGCAGGACUUGUGCUAAAAGCCCUGAGGAAUUCAUGAUACAUUACGCCCUCAUAUUUGCAUUCCCCGUAACAAAUAACGAAGCAGAGUAUGAAGCCCUGAUUGUGGGAAUCAAACUGGCAAAGGCAGUAAUGACAGACAACUUGGUCGCACAUAGUGACUCCCAACUAAUCAUGAACCAAAUCAAUGGCCAAUACGAGGCCAAAGAAGAAAGAAUGGCCAAAUAUUUGAAAGAAGUACGGUGCCUGGUGACUAGCUUUAGCACGUUCGCGAUGGUACAGAUCCCGCGGUAGGAAAAUGCAAUAGCAGAUGCCCUCUCCAAACUAGCUACUGCCGAACUCGCUGACUGUACAAGCUCGAUAUAUCCUGGCCCCUGCUGAAGUGCCUGCCCCUGAGCCGAGCUGAAGAGAUGCCUCGCGAAGUCCACGAAGGAAUUUGUAGGGGACACAUCAGGGCUAGGGCACUGGCCUACAAAGUGCUAUGCCAGGGAUUCUACUGGCCAAACAUGCAAAGAGAUGCAACGAAGUUCAUAUGGUAGUGCUUUAAGUGUCAGGUACACGCCUCAGUACCACACAUCCCGGCUACAGAACUUAGUUCAGUGAUCUACCCGAUCCCGUUCGUAAUGUAGGAAAUGGAUAUUCUAGGACAGUUCAAGAAAGGAAAAGUGGGCGUUUAAUUCUUGAUUGUCGCUAUUGAUUACUUCACUAAAUGGGUGGAAGCAAGUCCCCUGGCCAGAAUCACUGAGCAGGCAGUAGAGAAGUUUGUUAGGGAUGGCGUCAUAUUCCGCUAUGGUGUCCUAAAGGUGUUGGUCACGGAUAAUGGUCUACAAUUUGACAAUCGAAAAUUUAGGCUCGUCUACAGUAACUUUAAUAUUGAUUUUCGAAACACUGCUAUAGCACACCCGCAAUCGAACGGUCAGGCAGAAAAAGCCAACCACAUACUUCUAGACAUACUUCUAGAUGGAAUAAAGAAGAGGCUGGACUAGGAGAAAAAGAACUGGGCAGAUUAGCUACUCAGUGUACUUUGGGCAUAUCGCACUUUAGCUCGGGCCCCCACAGGAGAGACAUCGUUUUGGUUGGCAUACGAGACUGAAGCAUUAACCCCUUUGGCGGUAACCCAAGCCUCGUUCCGAUCAGCAGUGUUCGAAGCCUCACAGAACGAAGUCGGGCUCCAAGCAAACAUCGACUUCAUAGACGAAGUUCAGUAAGAAGCACUUGUUCGAAAUGAAACCUACAAGCAGAAAGUCCAACAGUAUCACAACCGAAGGUUCAAGCCACGGGGAUUUGUAGUUGGGGACUUGGUCCUCAGGAAAGCAGCAGCGGCGGACCUAAGAAGUGAAGGCAAGCUCAACGCGAAUUGGGAAGGCCCUUACAUAGUCUCUAAAGUGGUGCACCCCGGUACAUACCACUUGUAGACUCAGGGGGCUACAGCUAUACCAAGGGCAUGGAAUGUUGAAAAUCUCAAAAAUUCUUACUAGUAGACAGUUUUAUCAGUAGAUUGCAUUGAAAUCCCAUCGAUUGGGUGUUAGUCUUGUAGAUUUUAUACUUUCAGCACCUUA